CUGUGAUAUGAGAAGAUGAAUAGUGAACGACGUGAUACUGAUUAUCGAUAUAAUUAUGAUAACAAAAAUUACGAUGAAAAUCGUUUUGAAGAUUCUCGUUAUGCUCGUACAGAAUAUCAACAUCAUCGUAAUAGACGAGAUUAUUAUGAUGACCGUUAUCGUGAUGAUCAACGUUCUCAUCGUGAUGAUAUCGACUCAUAUCACCAUCGUUCUCCUAGAGACAAUUAUCGCGAUUAUUAUAACCGUGAUGAUAGAAAUGGUAAUAAUGAUGAUGAUUACAGACAUCGAUCCAUCAGAGAUUAUCGGGAAAAAGAAGAAUCUAGUCGCCACCGUUCAAAGAAUCCUUACCAUUACCGUCCAGCUGAUGAUCAAAAUCGAUCAUCAGAUUAUUACGGUGCCAAAGGUUAUCGCGAUACUCAGACAUCUCGAUCUAAUCGUGAUUACCACCCUAAAGGUAUUGAUGAUCGAAAACGUUCUUCGAUCUCUCGAUUUGAUCGGGCCAAAGAUCGUUCCUCUUCUUCGUCGGAUGAUGAAGCCGAUGAUAUCGAUAUCAAAGAUUUGGACGAUGAAGACAAUGAAGAGAAAGAAAUUGAACGCCGUCGAAGGCAGCGACAAGAACUCUUGAAGAAACUACAAUCUACUAAAACGAGUUCUUUGGAUGAAACUUCAAAUGAACCUACUAAUUUUUCGACCAUAGUCUGUGACUGUGAUGAUUCAACAUCUAUGACUUGUAAAUCUGACACGAAAGUUCAAGGCCCAACUACAUUUGAAUCCAUAUUGAAAAAUAACCCACAACCAAAUGAGGAGAAUAAACAACAACAACUACAAAAAACAAAGCGUAAACAAUUUGACAUGUUUGCAGAUGAAAAAGAUGAAUUUGAAGAUCCUGUUGCACGGUUACAUCAAUUUGGACAUCUGGAUGAAAAAUCAUUGGCCAAUAAAAAUUCCCAAAAUCAUCAAAAUAGCCAAUCACAUUUGAUUGACAAUUGGGAUGAUUCCGAAGGAUAUUAUCGCAUUAGAAUUGGCGAAAUGUUGGAAAAUCGCUAUUCAGUUUAUGGGUUCACCGGACAAGGGGUUUUUUCCAACGUUGUUCGUGCCCGUGAUAAAAACAAAGAUCAACAGGAUGUGGCCAUUAAGAUUAUUCGAAACAAUGAAGUAAUGCACAAAACCGGAUUGAAAGAGUUAGAAAUGUUGAAAUGUUUGAAUGCAGUUGAUCCGGAUGACAAAUAUCAUUGUCUUAGGCUAUAUUCAUCUUUCUAUCAUCGACAACAUUUAUGUCUCGUAUUUGAACCAUUAGCCAUGAACCUAAGAGAAGUGUUGAAAAAAUAUGGAAAAGACGUUGGUCUUCAUAUCGAUGCCGUGCGGUCUUAUGCUCACCAACUAUUCCUUGCCUUGCGUUUAUUGAAGAAGACAUCUAUACUGCAUUCUGAUAUAAAACCUGAUAAUAUUUUGGUCAAUAAUAAAAAAACUGUCCUAAAACUUUGCGAUUUUGGUUCGGCAUCAUAUCUAAUAGACAGUGAAAUAGCACCAUAUUUGGUUAGCAGGUUUUAUCGAGCACCAGAAAUCAUUCUUGGAUUACAAUAUGAUCAUGCUAUCGAUAUGUGGUCGAUUGGAUGUACUUUAUAUGAGUUAUACACAGGCAAGAUUAUGUUCGCCGGCAAAAGUAAUAAUCAGAUGCUAAAGUAUUUUAUGGAUUUACGGGGAAAAUUUUCUCAUCGUAUGAUACGAAAAGCAACUUUCCGCGAUCAACAUUUUGAUCAUGAUUACAAUUUUCUAUAUCAAGAUAUUGAUCGUGUUACCGAAAAGGUGAAAAUUGUAACCUUAACAAACAUGCAAGCUAGCCGUGAACUUCAAUCCGAAUUGAUGGCUGGUCAACAAUUAAGCGAACCAUUGUCCCGUAAAGUUGGUCAACUCAAAGAUCUGUUGGACAAAAUCUUUGUCCUGGAUCCUAUACGUCGUUUGACUCCAUCACAAGCUUUGAUGCAUCCGUUUAUAUCGGAAAAAUUGUAAUCAUUGGAAUCAUUUUCUCGUAUUUGUACAGGUAAAUGAUAGGUUUUUUCUAAUUUCUUCGGGUUUUUUUUUGUACAAAAUGGAUAAACUGUCGAAUUAGUGCACUCAUCAUCAUAAACAUUUGUUUCGUUUUAAUUAAAAUGUAUUUCAGUUUCUUAAUAAA